AUGACAGCCGUGAUUCCAUCCUGCUUCACCAACGCACAUGCGUUUUCUCUCCUCUUAGGGGCCCUGUUUUCUGUUACAAUGGAUCGAGAUUUAGAACAGGCUCUGGAUCGCGCAGACAAUAUCAUUGAAAUGGCCCAACAGAGACCUCCUAGGAGGAGAUACUCACCUAGGGCGGGAAAAACUCUACAGGAAAAACUUUAUGACAUUUAUGUAGAAGAAUGUGGAAAAGAGCCUGAAGAUCCUCAGGAAUUGAGAAGCAAUGUAAACUUGUUAGAAAAGCUUGUUAGGAGAGAGUCCUUGCCAUGUUUAUUGGUCAAUCUAUACCCAGGCAAUCAGGGAUAUUCUGUGAUGCUCCAGAGAAAAGAUGGGUCCCUUGCAGAGACCAUUCGACUCCCUUAUGAUGAAAGAGCAUUGCUCGACUACUUGGAUGCAGAAGAAUUACCCCCUGCUUUGGCUGAUGUCCUUGAUAAAGCUUCGGUUAACAUUUUUCAUAGUGGGUGUGUCAUAGUAGAAGUUCGUGACUACAGGCAGUCCAGUAAUAUGCAACCUCCUGGUUACCAAAGCAGGCAUAUUCUCCUGCGUCCAACGAUGCAGACUUUAGCCCAUGAUGUGAAGAUGAUGACAAGAGGUGUCCAGAAAUGGAGCCAGGAAGACAAGCUGCAGCUUGAGAGCCAACUGAUCUUAGCGACAGCUGAACCACUGUGUCUCGAUCCUUCUGUAGCAGUCGCCUGCACUGCAAACAGGCUGCUGUACAACAAGCAAAAGAUGAAUACUGACCCGAUGAAACGGUGCCUCCAGAGGUAUUCGUGGCCCUCUGUAAGGUCACAGCAGGAGCAGUCUGACUGUCCACCUCCUCCUGAGCUGAGAGUGUCGACUUCUGGCCAAAAAGAAGAAAGAAAAGCAGGUCAGCCUUAUGAGCUGGACAUUGCUAAAGCAGGAAGUUGUGUAGACAUGUGGAAACGCAGAUCCUGUGAUUUGGCCGUGCCUUCGGAAGUGGAUGUGGAGAAACUUGCUAAAGAGUGUCAGCCCGUCACAGCUGCUGAGCCAAAGCUCCCAGUCUGGCCAGCCCAGGAGGUAGAAGACCCUUUCGGAUUUGCAUGGGAAGCUGGCUCUCAGGCCUGGGAUACCAAGCCAAGCAUCAUGCAGUCGUUUAAUGAUCCACUUCUCUGUGGUAAAAUACGGCCCCGUAAAAAAGUCAGGCAGAAGAGCCAGAAGUCUCCCUGGCAGCCCUUCCCAGAUGACCAUUCAGCUGGUCUGAGGCCUGGGUCAGAGACUGAUGCUGGGAGGGCAGUGAGUCAGGCCCAGGAAUCGGCACAGAGCAAAGUCAAAGGUCCAGGCAAGAUGUCAGACAGCUCCAGUGGCCCAGCCAGUGUCAGUCAGCUGUCCUCAUGGAAAACACCAGAACAGCCUAAGCCUGUGUGGGUCCAGUCUUCAGUACUGGGGAAGGGAGAGAAACAUGCACCUCCCCGCACCCAACUUCCCUCAAGCUCAGGAAAGAAUUCCUUAGGUACCAGUUUUCCCCCACAACAGGCAGGCAGCUCUCUUAAGCGUCCUUUUCCUGCUGCUGCUGCUGCUGCUGCUGCUCCUGCCACUUCUGCCACGUCUCCUGCUGUUGCAGUUGCUGCUGCAUCCAUCAACAUGGAGGGCCCAGUCCAGGCACCCCAGGCUUUGGGUAGCAGUUUCGAGCCUGUGCAGGCCCCUGGCUGGGGUGGCCCAGCUCCUGCAGGAAUCAGUGGCAGUGGCCUUCAGUCCUCAGGAGGUUCACUACCAGAUGCAAGGCCCGGUGCAGCACAGGCAUCUUCUCAAGCACCCCUUCAGGUUUUCCUAAAUACUUCUGAAGGUCUCAGGUCCAUGACUGUCCUCCAGGUUCCGCAGGGCUCCAUGGUUUUGAGCAGCCCGCAGCAGCAGUUCCAUCAGCUGGUUUCCCUGCAGCAGCUCCAGCAGCCCACAGCUGCUCACCGUCCUCAGUCAGGGCCACAGGGUUCCGCACCUGCUCAGCAGCUUCUUAACGUGAACCCCACUGGCGCAGGUAGUGGUCUGCAGCCCCAGCCCCAGGCAGCUGUGUUGGGUCUGCUUGGCUCCGCCCAGGUUCCUCAGCAGGGUAUCCAGCUCCCCCCUGUCUUGAGGCAGCAGCAGCAGCCACAGCUGCGGCUGAAACAGCAGCCACAGCCGCAGCAUAUGCAGCUCCAGACGCAGCAGUUGAGAGUCCUGCAGCAGCCAGUGUUUUUGGCAACAGGCGCUGUUCCGAUAGUGCAGCCACAUCCAGGUGGGCAAGCAGCAAGCCAGUCUGUAGUUCAGACGAAGGGAGGCAAGCCAACCCCUCCAGCGCCCUGA